AUGACAAGUUUGACGACUCUUUCUUUGGCUAUCAACCAGCUUUCAGGAUCUGUUCCUCUAGAGAUCGGGAAGCUUGUCAGGCUUGAAGAACUUUUCUUGGACGUUAACCAACUCACUGGCACUGUUCCUACUUCAAUAGGGAACCUCACUUCUCUUGUUUUACUUGCACUCUCACAGAAUCAACUUACAGGCGUCAUCCCACACAAUCUUAGCCAUUGCUCCGAACUACAAUACAUUUACCUGGGAAAUAAUACACUUGAAGGAGAGAUUCCUAGUGAUAUCGGUUCUUUGUCAAAUCUGAAGCUUCUCGCACUCAGGGUCAACCACCUCAGAGGAAGCAUACCUCCAGAAAUUGGGAAACUAGUGAAUUUGAUGGCUCUCGAUUUGUCAAUCAACAAUCUUGAACAUUCUAUUCCUCCAGAGAUUGGGAAGCUUAUCCGCCUAAGAGAACUUUAUUUGUAUGAAAACCAACUCACGGGCAAAAUCCCAUUGGAGAUUGGAAACCUUUCGAAUCUGACUAUUCUUGACAUGCCUUUCAAUAAGAUUUCGGGAUCUGUUCCUUCAGAGAUUGGGAACCUUGUCAGACUCGAACAUCUUUACUUGAAUAGCAACCAAAUCACCGGCGUCAUUCCUGCCUCGAUAGGGAACUUGACUUCUCUUAUUUGGCUUCAACUCUCGUAUAAUACACUUGAAGGAAAGAUUCCGAGCGAUAUUAAAUCCUUGACAAACUUGAAAGUUCUCUCCCUAGGGGACAACCGUCUCACAGGAAUCAUUCCUCCAGAAAUUGGAAACCUCGUGAAUUUGAUUGGUCUCUAUCUGUAUAGGAACAAACUCGAAGGCUCUGUUCCACGAGGGAUCUGGAAUCUUGUCAGACUACGUGAACUUAUUUUGCAGGAUAACAAUCUCGCUGGAAUUAUACCAUCUGAGAUUGGAAACCUCGUGAAUCUAACUGUUCUCAAUUUAUUGUUCAAUGACUUUGUGGGCACAGUUCCUGCAGCGAUCGGAAACCUCACUUCCCUCACUUAUCUUGGAGUGUCAUUCAACAAUCUUGGAGGAGUCAUCCCACCCUCCAUUUGGAACCUCUCCUCUCUCAGAACCCUAGAGCUCGAGAACAACAAUUUUACUGGGUCUAUUCCGCCGGAUAUGGGCAUCACUCUUCCCCUUCUUGAAGCACUAAACAUCAACGACAACCAGUUUUACGGGCCUCUUCCAAUUUCACUGUCGAAUGCUACCAACCUCUUCAACAUUCAACUAUACAAGAACAGAUUCACAGGCACCAUACCCAGAGGUUUGGGAUCCUUACAGAAGGUAGAUCACUUUGAUCUUUGUUAUAAUCAGCUAGAAGCAAGUAAUGCUGUCGAAUGGGGCUUCCUGGAUGAUUUAGCCAACUGUAGCAGCCUGAAAUAUUUGCAAAUAACAAGCAACAAGCUCGGAGGCUUCCUGCCACGAUCGAUCGUCAAUUUUUCUACAACCCUGGAAUGGUUUGAAAUCGACGACAACAACAUAGCUGGGAGCAUUCCGGCAGAGAUCGGCAACCUGGUUUCUUUGACCUCGGUUCGGAUGAACUCGAACCUUUUCACUGGUAAAAUCCCUGCAACAGUGGGAAACCUUUCGAAUUUACAUAUAAUGGACUUGAGUAGGAACUGCUUCACAGGAGAAAUCCCAGCAACCCUUGGCAAUCUAACUCGGCUAUUCGAACUCCGCCUGCAUUCGAAUCAACUGCAAGGACCCUUACCUCCGAGUCUUGGAAACUGCCCUCUGAAUCUCUUGGAUCUUUCAGUCAACAAGUUAAAUGGCACAGUGCCGAAAGAAAUUAUGGCCAUCCCCACCCUCACCAGGUUACUUAAUGUAUCUUACAAUUCAUUGGAAGGAUCUCUGCCAUUUGAAGUUGGAAAACUAAAAAAUAUUGGUGAAUUCGACAUCUCUGGCAACAGACUAUCAGGUACAAUUCCAAGAACCCUUGGUGACUGUCAACAACUCGAUAGUCUUGACAUGGCAGGGAAUUCAUUCCAGGGAUCAAUCCCUUCGUCAUUUAGCCAGCUGAAGGGGCUCCAAUCGCUGGAUCUUUCAAGAAACAACUUGUCCGGGCUCAUACCAGAAUUUCUUGGGAAUUUUAAGUUCUUGAGCAAUCUGAAUCUCUCAUUCAACAAUUUUGAGGUAAGCUUUGUGGGGGUGUCCAAGCUCUGA